AUGGCGUGGAAGUCCCCCGAUUCUGGAUUUGCACAAGUGUUGAUAACAUGUCAUCUCUGUUCUAAUCAAGUAGAGCUUUACUGUUCCACCUGCGGCAUAAAUUUAUGUGGAGGUUGUGUUGGUCAGCAUAUGCUUUCUCUGUCAUUGCAGAAACACGAUGUCGUCAAAUAUUCCUCAAAAUAUGACGUCAUCUUUCAACCAUUCUGUAAUGCGCAUCCUGAUCUGAAGUGCGAGAUUUACUGCGAAGAGUGUGAAUCUCCUGUUUGUUCUAAAUGUGUCGUUUCUAUGUCACAUAACAACCAUCACUUCAAGGAACUCCAGGAAAAGUAUACUAUCUUGAAGGAAACCAUAGCAAAAGAUACCGAAACUCUCGAAAGCUUAAUUGUGAAAGAAUAUCAAAAUAUUGUUGGAGAGCUGCAGGGAUUAACAGCUGACUUAUCAAAUAACUAUUCUAAUCUCCGAUCAGCUGUCUUACAGAGAGGGGACGAAUUACAUCAGCUUAUAGACAGCGCCAUCACAAAAUGCCAUUCCGACAUUGAUGCAAUGGAAAAUCAAGAAAUCAGCAGAGUUGAGCAGAACCUGUCCGUGUUUCAAAGGCUCCUGAAAACUGUGCAAAACAAAAUUAAGGAGAAUUACAAAUACCUCCAGUCGAUGGACAAAGAAAUGUUAAGCUACAGUUCUAUGCUGACUGAAUUUAGAGAGGUCCCUUCAAGAUUAACGCUUGCAGUUCCUCCUAUGUUCAUUCCCGCAACAAUGGGCAUGAAUACUGAUGAUAAGUUUUUAAAAUACAUAGGCAAAAUUAUCCCCUCUAAAAUCAUAAUUAAUGAUUCUUACACACUUACCCAGACGUAUUCUAACAGAGAAUUGCUGAGAAAACCAUACGUCAUUGCCACCAUCGAAAUCCCUAAGUACGUAUACAAGAAUCUGUGUAGACUCUGCUGUGUUGGAAAGGAACAAGCAUGGGUCAACGGCUCAAGUAAAUCUCUGAUUCGAUGUGAUAAGCAGGGUUCAAUCAUGGAGGUUGUUGAUACACUCUCUGGUGAUAUUCCGGUUGGUUUGGCUGUUACUAAAGACGAAGAACUAAUGUACACUGAUCGGAAAGCCAAAAGCAUCAACAUUGUACGAAAUGGUACCACAGAGGUGCUUUGCAAACCAAAGUGGUUCCCAGGUACCAUAUGCUCCACAGACGACGGGGAUUUUCUGGUUGCAAUGUGGAAUGGCUUGAGUGGGAAGAAAAAAGAAAUCAAAGUCACAAGGUUUUGUAAAACAGGUGUAAAGCAAGAUAUUCAGUACGAUGAAAAAGGACAGCCACUUUUUAAAAUUGAAGGCGAAUUUACAGGUCUUGCUGUCACUGAGAACAGAAACGGGAAUAUUUGUGUAGCAGACUGGAAUGCGAAUGCCGUUGUUGUCGUCGAUAGGAGAGGAAAACCUAGAUUCAAGUACCCUGGGGAAGGAGAAGGCUUGUUUAUUCCACGGUAUAUUACAACAGACAGUCAGGCUCAUAUUCUUAUUUCCGACAUCAAGAACCAAUCUGUACAUGUUCUCGACGAGGAUGGAAAUGUAGUUUUGCUCAUAGAUAAUUGUGGAUUUUCCAAUCCUUAUGGUAUCAGUGUUGACAAUGAAGAUAAUCUGUGGUUACUGGAACGGUUUGGGAAAAUAAAAAUCAUUAAGUAUCUGAAGUAG